AUGACGACGAUAGAAAAUCUGUUCUUUCAGAUUUUCGAGAGGAAGAACUGGAUUAUUCAACAAGUCAAGCAACAGACAGACUUGUACAAUCAACACCUUGCUUCGAAAUGCCUUAUUGAUGGAAUUGCACCUCCUUCGUGGCUUUGGAACCCUAAUUCUUACUCUCAAUCCUCGGAUCUCAAAGAACUAAAGAAAGAAGAGCUGAUUUCCAAACUACUACUUCCACAUCUACAACCCACAGCCUCUUACUUUAGUAGCCACUACUGUCCAUAUGACAAGCCAGUUGUUACAAGUGAUAAUGAAGAGCUAUCAGAUGGAUUACAAAUGGACACCCAGGCUGUCAACCAUGGUCUCAAUAUAGGAGAUGGGCCAACCAAUAUCUCUGAAUGCCAUGACAAUAACAUGGAACGUUCCUUCAAUUUUGUUCAGGAGCAGGAUGUUAGUGUUACCUCUCCCCUGGAUCAGGUGGAAGUAAGAGUUUCAAACAUUUAUAAUGUAUCAGAUCAGUCACUAGCUAGAAUUCAAAGGUCCAAAUCAAGGCAAACGGAUUUAGAGCUUCGUUAUAGUGAAAAAGCAGUAGCUAAAAGUAAUUUAAGCUGUGAAAAUAACGCCAAGGUUGAUUUUGGAGGGGUUGCAUUUUCUGUUACUGCUUCCCCGCAUGUUGAUGAGUUGAAGCGAUUGGCCAGAUAUUUGGAUGUUGGUAGCGGAAGUUGUGCUGUGAAAGAAGUGAAAGAAAGAGAUUGCCAGAACAAUGACAGGGACAUCAGCAUGUAUCGUAGUAAAAUUACAAGAUCUAGAAGCUCUUCUAAACAACUCAGUAGUGAAAAUGUUACUUUGAAAUUGGGUAUCUCUUCUGGUAUUGAAAAUAAAGAUAGUGGUGCUCUAGCACAACCUACGGUCAAUUCCCUGCAUCACCCUUACCAUGUUAAUGAUUUAUUGAAAGGAACUGGUGAAACUGUUGUAGGGACAGAGCUUGCUUCAGAUGCACUAGCUGAAGAUUGGUCCAUUGGUCCCAGGAAUAACAUGGAUGGUGCUAGCCCAAGAACAGGAUUGGAAGGCUUAGUCAGAAGGGCUGCUUCGGAUUAUUGUACGUUUGUGAAGCCCAAGCAUUUUAAUUUUGAUGAAAUGGCAGAAUGUAGUGAGAACAGAAUGUUGGACACAUCAUCAGAGAAGAUGCGUUGUACUUUGGCAGAGACUGCAUCAUCAUUGGAUAAAGAAACAUCUCAUAACCUCCAUGGGAAAACUUUGGUGAAGGAAUCACUGGUGGAGCAGGCCGUCUCAAAAAAAUUGGAGGAUGUUUGGAGGGGUUCUUUUGGAGCUGAUGCCGAGGAGUGUGUUGGAGCAGUGAUAAAGAAAUCUGGAUCUGCUAUAAAUGAGAAUGCUAUGCCAGAGACUAUCAAAGAGUAUUAUGAGGCCGUCCAACAUAAUCAAAACUCUCUAGCUUCUCAUGAGGCAGAUAUUGUACGAUCGUAUGUUAGUAAGAGCUUUGAUGUAGAAAAAUGUCAGUUGAAACAUCAUUGGAUAGAAGGGUGUGAAUCUUCACCGGAGCUGCUAGUUGACGAGGUUGUGCUGGACUCUGAGGAGAGAAAUAAGAAAGCAGGGACCCCUUUGUCAUUCAUCUAUCAACCGAUAGGGGUAUCACUAGUCUCAAGCUUGACUGAAGAGGCAACUCGAGAUUGCCAAGGUUGCUUCAUUGAGGAAGUCGGAAGAUCAGAUCCUAUUAGCUCUGAUUCUGAUGAAAGACAACACUCCAACGAGCAUGAUUACCAGCACUUGUUGCAUCUUGAGAAUGAAGCUAAUUUGAUAAAUACAGAGGAUUUGACUUGUACUGAGAGAACCCUGCAAGAAAGUAACUUUCCUCUUGGGGAGGAUGGCCGACUGUCAUCAUCAUGUUCAGUUCGAUCUCCAAAAAAGACAGACCUGAAUUUAAUUGGUGGUGAUCAAACUAUGCCCAUGUCUGAGGGUUUCAUCAUAGAUAUGCAAAAAGGGGAUGGAGAACCAGGUACUGCCGGAGAUGGGAUCAACUUUGGCAAAAUAGAACUUCCAAGAAACACAAUACAACAGGCUAGCAUUUUGGAGCAUAUUUACAAUUCUUCCAGCAGGCAUACACCAUUGCACCUUUUCUCAUCUACAUUUAAGUUGCAAAGAAACCAAGAUUUGUACCAGUCUGUACCAAAUGGACUUCUUGAGCACAUGGAAUCAAGGAGCUCUUUAUAUCUGAAUGAUAGUGUUGGCAGACAGCUUUGGGCCAGUUACAGUGGUGAGGAUGAAGCCAACUGUGUUCUUCAGGGGGUAUCAUAUUCUGAUUUUCUACCUUAUUCUGGUACUCGAAUUGGUUGGAAUUCGAGAAGCCUGUAUACAUCUCCUGUUGGAAAGCUCUGGGAAAGUAAUUUGUCAAACUUGGAAAGUUCAGAGAGCCUUUUCAACUCAAAUCCAGAGUUCACUUGCUUCCCCAUUGAGGAAUAUCCCAGUAUUAGUGAAGAAAAUGAGAUUGCAGAUGAGGUGGACAAUAAUAUCCAAGAAGGCAUAAAUUCAAAAGUUAUGAACAGCUACAUCAAAAGAAAAACCCUUGCUGAUACUACAGAAGCACGCUCAAAUCCUCCUACAUUGGUUUCUGAAGCAAAGAAUUUUUCUGGUAGAGGUAGUGUGGGUUCUGUUAACACAGAAGUCAGCAUCACGGGUGCUCGUAAUAAGAUCAACGAGAUGUUUGGAAAUUGUUGCAGCAAAAAGAGAAAUUGCACGAUUCAGGCAAAGGAGAACAAGGCCUUAUCUAUGGGCAUAAAUGGUGUUAAGAAACCUAAAGUAUCACUCCAAAACAGGUUCAGCAAUCCAAAAUUAUCAGGGAAGAGAGACAUCAAAGUGAAGGCCCUGGAGGCUGCUGAGGCCCCAAAACGCCUUGAAGAAAGAAUACAGAAUGAACAUAAGCUGAAGAAAGAAGCACUGAAGCUUGAGCAAGCAAGAGGGCAAGAAGAGAAUUUGAGGCAGCUGGAUUUAAAUAAGAAAAAGAAAAAAGGGCCUAAUAUGAAGAGAUUGAGAGAUGAAAAAUACAGGAUGGGGAAGGAAAGGAAAAGAAAGCAGAUUGAAGCAACACGGAGACAUCAGAGAGAUCAAGAGGAAAAAUUGCAUGCUGGAAAAGUGGAGAAUGAAAAACAGGGUGGCACCGCAGAUGAGAAAAUGAACAGCAGAAAGGAUUUUAACAAUGAAUCGAAAAAAGAUCGGAAAAUGGAAAAAGAAAGAAGAGAUGACUUUACUUUGAAAAAGUCUGAAACUGAAGCAAGGACGGCUGGGAUUUUGACAAGUGAUGUGCAACAGAGUGGCAUUGCCUUUAAUCAUCGCGUUGUAUCUAGCAAUUGUGGUGAUAAUGGGAAGGCAAUAAGCAUGUUGGAUAAAUCAACAAAGAAUUACUUGGUUACCAAGACAAGUCUAGAAAAAUCUUAUGAGAUUUCUCCUUAUCAGUGCUCAGAUGAUGAAGAGGAUGACUUGCCCACUAAAUUUAUUCCUUCAUGGGCAAGUAAAAACUGGGUGCCUCUGGUACUGUCCUCGCAGCAAAAAAUUAACCCUGAUGUAAUAUUCCCGGUAGGAAGUUUUUGCAGUAUAGAUGAAGUUCUCCAGCCCCGAAAACGACAGCAGAUUUUAAUUUGCAAUGCGAGUUUGAUUGGUUCUGCGUUGCGUCAUUGAAUCUGUGAACUUCAGGCAAAUAUUAAUGGAUUGGGGGUUACUCCUCAAAGAUAAUGUUCUCCUUCCCCCAUUGAAGUUAUUAAAAUUUGGAUUUGGAUGUGCACAUGAGGAUGAGGAUAACUAAGUUAUUGGAGUUGAGGUGGUUGAAGCUUUGUCCAUAAAAAGUGAG